AUGGAGUCGCACGUGGCGAAGCAUCAGUGGCUCGAGACCCUCGAGCGAUUCGCGUUUUCGCCAGACCGUGCCGCGGUUGUCUCGUCGCUCAUUCCCGGAAGAUUCCUGCACCUCUUUUUUAGCGCGCUGCAAGCCAUCGAGGCGGGGGACACCGCGGAGGCGCGCGCCCUUAUCGCCACUCUCCGCGAAGCCGCGGGUCUCAAGCCCACGUCCGCGGACCCCGCUUCCCCCUCGCCCGCGCCGCUGCGCAAGUCGGCGCUUAAGUCGCUCGACGCGUCGCCGAAGCUCUCGAGCGUGACGGCGGACGCCGCGUUUCUCGGGCCGGGCGGCCUCGUUCGUCUUAUUCAGGAGCUCGAGCUGCGGCUCGCCGUGGCGCUCUGGGACUCUGGCGACCGCGAGUCGUGCGUUGACAUUAUUAAGAAGGAGCUGAAUGUGACGCUCAACACCGCCCUUCCUGCUGCCAUCGCUGCAGCACCUGCUGCCCCCGCUACAGUGCCGGCCUUUGAUGUGACAAUAGAGGAUGCGGAGGGGGCAGUGGCGGCUGUAGCGCCGGCUGUAGCACCCGCCACAGCUACAACAGGGAGUGAGGCACCUGGUGUGGGGGCAGCAACUGCUGCAGGUGGUGGUUCAGGUGGUGUUUCAGGUGAUUCUGCCGCGGGUGGAGCAUCCGCUCUCUCGUCCUUCCCCUCCACUCUGCCACCCGAGUUCGCCGACCAUUUGUCUCUUCUGGAGCUGACGUGGCAGAAGCAUGGGUGGCAGGGGCUCAAGGAGGGGGGGGUUGCGCCAGUGCUGGCGCGCCUGCUGGCAAAGGGGGAGGCGGAGGGGCAGGGGGGAGGGUCGGGGGGAGGGUUUGGGGGAGCGUCUGGGCGGGGGGUGGGGGUGGGGGCACUGGUGGGGCAAGCUACGGGAGGAGGGAUGGAAGAGAGGAUGGGGGAUUGUAAGGAAGAGGAUGAGGGGGGGUGGAGGGGAGGAUGGGACACUCAACAUCAGCAUGUGUACCCCUCCAUCCCGUCCCAUCAGCAUCAGCAUGUGUACCCCUCCAUCCCGUCCCAUCAGCAUCAGCAUGUGUACCCCUCCAUCCCGUCCCAUCAGCAUCAGCAUGUGUACUCCUCCAUCCCGUCCCAUCAGCAUCAGCAUGUGUACCCCUCCAUCCCGUCCCAUCAGCAUCAGCAUGUGUACUUCUCCAUCCCUUCCCAUCAGCAUCAGCAUGUGUACCCCUCCAUCCCGUCCCAUCAGCAUCAGCAUGUGUACUCCUCCAUCCCGUCCCAUCAGCAUCAGCAUGUGUACCCCUCCAUCCCGUCCCAUCAGCAUCAGCAUGUGUACCCCUCCAUCCCGUCCCAUCAGCAUCAGCAUGUGUACCCCUCCAUCCCGUCCCAUCAGCAUCAGCAUGUGUACCCCUCCAUCCCGUCCCAUCAGCAUCAGCAUGUGUACCCCUCCAUCCCGUCCCAUCAGCAUCAGCAUGUGUACCCCUCCAUCCCGUCCCAUCAGCAUCAGCAUGUGUACCCCUCCAUCCCGUCCCAUCAGCAUCAGCAUGUGUACCCCUCCAUCCCGUCCCAUCAGCAUCAGCAUGUGUACCCCUCCAUCCCGUCCCAUCAGCAUCAGCAUGUGUACCCCUCCAUCCCGUCCCAUCAGCAUCAGCAUGUGUACCCCUCCAUCCCGUCCCUUGCUGCCGCCGCCCAUCACCCGCUGUGUCCCUGUCUUCAUGUGCGGCAUCCAUCGCUGCCCCAAAUAGAGGACGCCGUGGCAUGGGAGCUGCAGCGGUUGGAGCGGGAUGAGCCAGAUGCCUUCAGCCGCCUUAGCCUCCCGAUUCUGCAGAUCCUCACUCCCCCGCAGCUACAGUCCCUUGCCGCCCGCUUCCCGUCCCUUGCCACCCAUCCGCGCAUGCUGGCGCUGCAGGCCAUUCAGAUGCUGCCACGUGGCAUGUCUCUGGACACCUCCGCACCAACCCCAGAAAGCGUCGAUCAGAUCUUGAGCUAUUUGGACCGCAUCCAACCGCUUUUAACCAGCGACCACCUGAAGGCGAAGCUGUUGUUCGCUCGCCUCACGCUCAGCCUCGUGCACGGCCAGGCGGACGCUGCCCUCCUCCUCGCCUUCCUCUCCAUCAUCCACAACGGCCCUUACGGCGUCUUCCCCCCUGCGAAGCCACACGAGGAGGAGGCAUUUGCCUACUUCCCUCUCUUCGCCUCCUGCCCCUCUCCAUCCGACGUUAAGGAGCUCGUAGCCCAGCUCUUCCGAAACCUCUUCUCCUCGCCCUCCUUCUCCUCCUCCCUCACCUCCCCUCCCUCCUCCUCCUCCUCUGCUCCUACGAGUAUCACCUCUCGCUCUAUGUUCCAUUCAACUCCUGCCACGUCAGCAUCAGCAACAGAGGCAUCGUCAGCGCAGUUUCCAUUUGCACCGGACUCACCGGAGGCAGCUGCACUGGUUGAGAGGGCCAUGCACACGUGGCAGCCUCUGAUUAAACAGGGCAAGCUGGACUGGAGCUACGUGGCACUGCUAUUGGCUGAGAGCCGGCUGUGCUGUGGAGACGACCCCUACUACCCCGUCUGGGUGCACCUCUAUCUCACGUCCUAUCAGCGCCAGCACGCGCCGGACAACCUGACAGCUGGCAGCAGCGCAUUGGCCGAGCUGACGGGGCGCUGCCAGCUGGACUUUGCCGACCACAACCGGCGGGUGUGGCGGGCGGCGGAUUCGGUGCAUCUGGACGUGAUUGUGAAGAACGUGCCCGUACUCGCU